AUUCUCCUAAUGACGAAAGUCUGAACAGGAACCCAGCGCGAGCGAGCAAGCGACCGAUCGUCCCGAGCGCGCGCAUGCAGGACGCGGAACGCGCCGCAUCUCACGCGCUCCUCCGGGUCUGUCUGUGCUUGCGGGACUGAGAGAGUUUAGAACGGCGGAUAGGUGAGGGGGUGGGCGUAGUCAGAUAAUCCCAUCAACACACACACACACACACACACACACACACACACACACACACACACACACACACACACACACAGACACACACAACAAAACACACAGACUCCCCUCCCCACACUUCUGAUAAUGUGUCCUGAUUGGUCAGAGGGAUCCGGCGGUGCCUCUGAUUGGCAGGAUGUUCAGGUCCGGCCCUCAGUUUCUGUCCGGGAUAUGAGGCUUCAGCUAAAAGGCCAUUCAUGAGAUUCGGCAUUCCAACAGAACGGAGGAGACGGAGGAGACCCGCGCGCCCGCACACGCACACACACACACACAUCCACCCACGCACGCACGCGUGAGCACACACUCACACACAUCCACCCACGCACGCACGCGUGAGCACACACUCGUGCAGAGAUGACACACUGACAUGCUGAGCGCAUCGGCAGCUUCAUUAUCAUCUUCUGCUUUAUUUUAUUUCUGGAACACUGAGGAACUCUGACCUCUCACACACCACAGGUGCAAAAACUUCUGCAGCUCCUUUUUUUUCUUGAAAGUUUUUUGGCCUUGGCUACACUGACAUACACACUAUCCAUUCCACAGUAGGUACAACUUUUCCUUUUUCAUCUUUCACCCUCCGUUUUUCCAGACUCCCACUGGUCGUUUCCAGCAUUUUCCUUUUUUUUGUACAUUUCUUUUAUUUAUACUCCUACAAAAAUUUUUUGGAUUUUGGAUCUGCCCGGUUAAAGCGUUGGAUCCGUCGGUGUACUGCGAUCCUCCUCCGGUGUUCGGCCCGGACCUCUGCCCCAACAUGAUCGCUGCUCAGGCGAAGCUGGUCUACCAGCUCAACAAAUACUACAACGAGCGGUGCCAGUCGCGCAAGGCGGCCAUCGCCAAGACGAUCCGCGAGGUGUGUAAGGUUGUAUCGGACGUCCUGAAGGAGGUGGAGGUACAGGAGCCACGCUUCAUCAGCUCCCUGAGCGAGAUCGAUGCGCGCUACGAGGGCCUCGAGGUAAUCUCGCCUCACGAGUUCGAAGUCGUGCUCUACCUCAACCAGAUGGGCGUCUUCAAUUUUGUGGAUGACGGCUCGCUGCCAGGCUGUGCCGUCCUGAAACUCAGCGAUGGCCGCAAGCGCAGCAUGUCGCUCUGGGUCGAGUUCAUAACCGCCUCGGGGUAUUUGUCAGCACGCAAGAUUCGAUCGAGAUUCCAGACUCUGGUGGCGCAGGCGGUGGACAAGUGCAGCUACCGCGAUUCGGUCAAGAUGGUGGCCGACACGAGUGAGGUGAAGCUGCGGAUUCGAGAGCGUUACGUGGUGCAGAUCACUCCAGCCUUUAAGUGCACCGGGAUCUGGCCCCGCAGUGCUGCUCAGUGGCCUCCACCACACAUCCCAUGGCCCGGCCCGAACCGGGUUGCUGAGGUCAAAGCUGAAGGAUUUAAUCUGCUCUCGAAAGAAUGCUACACGUUAGCUGGAAAGCAAAGCUCAGCCGAGAGCGACGCCUGGGUCCUGCAGUUCGCCGAGGCGGAAAACCGACUCCUGAUGUCCGGCUGCAGAAAGAAGUGCCUAUCGGUUUUAAAAACGCUGCGCGACAGGCACUUGGAGCUCCCGGGCCAGCCGCUCAAUGGCUACCACAUGAAGACGCUGCUGCUGUACGAGUGCGAGAAGCACCCGCGUGAGAGCGACUGGGACGAGGCGAGCCUCGGCGAUCGCAUCAACGGUGUCCUGCUGCAGCUCGUCUCCUGUUUGCAGUGCCGCCGGUGUCCUCACUACUUCUUACCCAACCUUGAUUUAUUUCAAGGCAAGGCGACGUCAGCCCUCGAGGCGGCCGCCAAGCAGACCUGGAGACUCGCGAGGGAGAUCCUGACCAAUGCUAAGAGCCUGGACAAACUCUGAGCUCUAAAAAUAAAUGAACUCAAUUAACUCGAAAACAAAAGACAUUGAGAACGGCGCAAAAAAAAAAAAAAAUAGAUCUGCAAAAACGCCUGGACAAACUCAACCAACAAACAAGACCUGGAGACUCACAAGAGAAAUUCUGAGCAAUGACAAAAACCAGGAGCGACUCGAAUAAAUAAAAACAUGCCGAGUCACCAAACUUGAACAAUUUACAAAGACAAAAACCGGGAAAAAAAGAGAGACUCUGGAACAGCACUAGGAGCCUGAACAAACUCUGGAAGAAAUGAAAACAAGGACUGGAGAAAUGUGUAGUAACCUGCAACAACUGUAAAAAUGAGGUGGAGACGAAACAAGGUGGUGAACUGUGACGACGGAACGGCAGAAAAACUCAAACCCGAGGGAGACUUUAAAAAAAUAAUCUUGGACAGAAAAAAACCCACAAUAAAUAACAAUUAAGUCGAACAAAGCGGCAUGCUGAACAUCACGUCACGUGUGCUUUCUGAAAGACUUUUCUCUCCAACCAGGACAUUUUACAGCAUUGAGAAUAAAUAAUAGACGCACAUUUCAAUCUCGUCAUGAUUUCACUUCUCAUCCUUUAUAAUGACGACAGCAGCUUGGACAAGACUGUAAAAUAUUAAUAAUAACAAUAAAAAACAACAACAAUGCAAACUUGAAAAGAGAACCUUAAUGGACAUACGAACACUCCAGACUUUUUAGAUUUUCACUGAAAGUGGACUUAAUGGAGCUGAUCGGGGAGAAAGUGUUUCGGCUGAGGCGCGAAUGGGAAAUUUUGCGAGGAGAAAAAAAAAUAAACAUGAAGGUACAUUUUAACGUCGUAACGUCUGCUUAAAUCUUUUCUUUCCUUUUUUUUCACAAAGUGAAAUUGCUUUUUAUUUAAUUACCAUGCACAAUAUCUUGCUUUAUUGUUUGAAAAAAAAAAAGACUGUAGCGUGCCAAGUUUUCCAUUUUAUGUGUCUAAAAAUUGAAAUGUUAAUAAAAUGAUAUUAAACUUAGCAAUUGUUUGUUUGUAUG